UCAAAUUAGUGGGUGCCUCAUUUAUCAUAAAUUAUAAAAGAGAAUCUAACAAUUAUUGGCUACAUUCUAGGCACGGGGUAACGAUUUAUUAUUAUUCUAACCAAAAAAAUACAUGUAUCUAAGUAUCCUAUGUAACGUAUCAUUCAAUCACACAAAACCCUAUGAAAUACUGGCAGGGCCCGGUGGCUCACGCCUGUAAUCCCAGCACUUUGAGAGGCGGAGGCAGGAGGAUAAUUUGAGCCCUCAGGAGUUCAAGACCAGCCUGGACAACAAUACUGAGACAUCGUCACUUCACCAUCAUAUCCAGAAUUAAUUUCUACUGUUAGGGCAGUCAGCGAAAGGAAAGCUCGCGAUAUUACACAAACUACUACUCCCAACAUGCAAAGCGGUUUCUUUCCCUCUGUCCCCGCCCGGCCGUCCGAGAGCCCCAGCAGGCCUCGGGGCGCGAAAGGCAACCUGGAAGCAGUAGUUCUCCUGGGCGCCUAGCGGGAUCGCCAGCGCGGCAGUGGGGCCUUCUGCGGCUCCAAGCCAGCGGGUCCUGUCAGGGCGAGCGGAGGCGGAGAAAGGGCGCGGGAGUGAGCGAGGGUGAGUCAGCCACUGUCUACGCAAUAAAGGGAGGCCUCACCGCGGGAUAGGGCUGAAUUCAGAAGUGCGGCCCGUGCCGCAGUCUGUUCCAGGACGCGGCUUGUCUUAGCGUCUGCGAGAGAAGGUUGAGGAGGAGCCAGAGCCGGGUCCUGCAGCCUUUCUCGCUAUCAGCGCCCGUCGCCAUCUCCACCAUGCAGUCCCGGGAAGACGCCCCGCGCUCUCGCCGCCUCGCCAGUCCCCGUGGUGGGAGGCGGCCCAAGAGGAUUUCCAAGCCCUCGGUUUCGGCCUUUUUCACGGGUCCAGAGGAAUUAAAGGACACGGCCCAUUCUGCAGCCCUGCUGGCACAGCUCAAGUCUUUCUACGACGCGCGGCUGCUGUGUGAUGUGACCAUCGAGGUGGUAACGCCUGGCAGUGGGCCUGGCACAGGUCGCCUCUUUUCCUGCAAUCGCAACGUGCUAGCAGCUGCGUGCCCCUACUUCAAGAGCAUGUUCACAGGUGGCAUGUACGAGAGCCAGCAGGCCAGCGUGACCAUGCACGAUGUGGACGCCGAGUCCUUCGAGGUGUUGGUCGACUACUGCUACACGGGUCGUGUGUCUCUCAGCGAGGCCAAUGUGCAGCGCCUGUACGCGGCCUCUGACAUGCUGCAACUGGAGUAUGUGCGGGAAGCCUGUGCCUCCUUCUUAGCCCGACGUCUUGACCUGACCAACUGCACCGCCAUCCUCAAGUUUGCAGACGCCUUCGACCAUCACAAGCUUCGAUCUCAGGCCCAGUCCUAUAUAGCUCAGAACUUCAAGCAGCUCAGCCGAAUGGGUUCAAUUCGGGAGGAGACUCUAGCAGAUCUGACCCUGGCCCAGCUGCUGGCUGUCCUGCGCUUGGAUAGUCUGGACAUAGAGAGUGAGCGGACUGUAUGCCAUGUAGCUGUGCAGUGGCUGGAGGCUGCUCCCAAGGAGCGGGGUCCCAGUGCUGCAGAAGUCUUCAAGUGCGUGCGCUGGAUGCACUUCACUGAAGAAGAUCAGGACUACUUAGAAGGGCUGCUGACCAAGCCCAUCGUGAAGAAGUACUGCCUGGACGUUAUUGAAGGGGCCCUGCAGAUGCGCUAUGGUGACCUGUUGUACAAGUCUCUGGUGCCAGUACCAAACAGCAGCAGCAGCAGCAGUAGCAGCAGCAACUCUCUUGUAUCUGCAGCAGAAAAUCCACCCCAGAGACUGGGUAUGUGUGCCAAGGAGAUGGUGAUCUUCUUUGGACACCCCAGAGAUCCCUUUCUCUGCUAUGACCCUUACUCAGGGGACAUUUACACAAUGCCAUCACCUUUAACCAGCUUUGCUCACACUAAGACUGUUACCUCCUCAGCUGUCUGUGUCUCCCCAGACCACGACAUCUAUCUAGCUGCCCAGCCCAGGAAAGACCUCUGGGUGUAUAAACCAGCUCAGAAUAGUUGGCAGCAACUUGCAGAUCGCUUGCUGUGUCGUGAGGGCAUGGAUGUGGCAUAUCUCAAUGGCUACAUCUACAUUUUGGGGGGGCGAGACCCUAUUACUGGAGUUAAGUUGAAGGAAGUGGAAUGCUACAGUGUUCAGAGAAACCAGUGGGCAUUGGUGGCUCCUGUCCCUCAUUCCUUCUAUUCCUUUGAACUCAUAGUGGUUCAGAACUAUCUUUAUGCUGUCAACAGUAAGCGAAUGCUCUGCUAUGAUCCUAGCCACAAUAUGUGGCUGAACUGUGCUUCUCUUAAACGCAGUGACUUUCAGGAAGCAUGUGUCUUCAAUGAUGAAAUCUAUUGUAUCUGUGACAUCCCAGUCAUGAAGGUCUACAACCCAGCUAGGGGAGAAUGGAGGCGGAUUAGUAAUAUUCCUUUGGAUUCAGAGACCCACAACUACCAGAUUGUCAAUCAUGACCGAAAGUUGCUUCUCAUCACUUCUACAACCCCACAAUGGAAAAAGAACCGAGUGACAGUGUAUGAAUAUGAUACUAGGGAAGAUCAGUGGAUUAAUAUAGGUACCAUGUUAGGCCUUUUGCAGUUUGACUCUGGCUUUAUCUGCCUUUGUGCUCGUGUUUAUCCUUCCUGUCUUGAACCUGGUCAGAGUUUUAUUACUGAGGAAGAUGAUGCACGGAGUGAGUCUAGUACUGAAUGGGACUUAGAUGGAUUCAGUGAGCUGGACUCUGAGUCAGGAAGUUCAAGUUCUUUUUCAGAUGAUGAAGUCUGGGUGCAAGUAGCACCUCAGCGAAAUGCACAGGAUCAGCAGGGUUCUUUGUAAAUAGUAUUUUGAGACACUAAGAUGUUUCUACUGCUACGGAAUGUAUUUUAAACACAUAUCCUUUCUUUUUCUUGGAAAAAAAAAGUUGACCAGGACCACAGAUUUGGUUUAGAAAGGGUAAUAUUUUGAAAUACUACAAGGUUUAAACAGUCCACGAAAUCGACCUGUUUAAUAAUAUACCUUCCUGAAAGUCCAAAAUUAAAAUAUGGAAGCAAGAACUAUGUAAUUUGACUGGGAUGUUUGGUAGGUUUUUUUCAUUGUUCAAAUAUUCAUUGCACAGUGGAUUGUUUUGAUUAGUUAGUAUGCUUUUUUUUUAAUUCAGUCUUCUGUUAAUUUUUAAGUUUUGGUUAGUGCCACAAGGAAUUUAACUUUUUAAUCUGUGUAAUAGAAAACUGGACUAGGAAUUGGUGGAGUUUUGAAGGAUGUAUACUUUCCUUCAAAAUAAAGUGGUAGAUUUUCAAAAUUUUACACUAGUCAGUUCUUUAUAUUCUAAGUUAAAUAUAGUUUGUAAAAUUAUUUUGGUUUUCUACAAAGGAAAAAAAAUUGUAUAUAUAUAUAUAAAGGUUACUGAAUAAUGAUUUCAUUUUGAUAAAUGUGCAGAAUGGCCUCACAAGCUCACAGAAAGUAAAAAAUAAGUAAAUAAAAAUCAGGAUUCCAUUGUUUUAAAAUAAAUCUCAGUUUUUAUUUUGGAAUAUAAAAUGUGUAUUUGGUAUAUGUGACCAAUUUUCUUCCCCAAAAAACACCCAUUCUAGUAAUGUCAUGAAUUAAACACCCUUCUAAACCAAAAAAAAAAAAAAAGGUAACUUGCUUUUUACGUUUGUAUUUUUAAUCUAUGCCCAAUACAUGCUUUAUUGACUCAGAAGAACAAUUCCUAGACAUAUAAUUGGGUAAUGCAAAUUUUUAUCCACUGGUCAUGACUUGUCUUAAAAUGUUUAUUUGCCUCCCUAAAAUAUUUUGGCUGUAUAGGUUUGGUGUUUUUCCUAGAGGAUUCUUCAACAGAAAGUGAUUUAUUCUUUACUGUUUUGUGAGGUAAUAUGGUUUAGAACAUAUAUAUAAGCUAAACAUGGUAUUUUAUUCAGAUCAGUAGUUAUCGUGUCUAUCAGCUAUUAAAAAAAAUCAAGUGCCAGCCAAGAACUUUAAAACUUUAAGCUGUGUAUUAUAAAACCAUUUUGUGUAGCAUUGGAAUAUUGUCCAUUUUGUAAGUCACUGUGAAUGUUCUUAUCAGCUUGAAGGUAUUUUUGUAUUAAAAGUUGACAUUGAAGAACCUAAGUGAAUAAUGGGGUUUGGGGCCAGGAGUGAAAGUAUGUUUCCUCUAAAAUAUUUCCCUAAACAGUGGUAUACAUGGUUAUUUUAUUAUGAGAUUUGUAUAUGUUCUGUUUCUCUGUGAACCAUGUUUUAGUCUCUCUGUCACCAUAUGUAAGGGAAAGUCCAUAAAUAUAGACUAAAUUGCACAAAACUGAAAUUGUUAAUUACAAGAAAAUAUAGGUGCUUACCUUUUGAAGGUUUAUUAAUACAUGUGAUUGUCACAAUACGUAUAUAUGAUAAGUGGUGUACAUAUACAGAUGUUUAUGGUGUAUAAAUUUUUCUAUACCCAAUUAGAAUUAUCUUCCUGAUUCUUUAUUCAACAACAUGCUAAUUCCUCUUCUAUGUUCUGUAGUGACAGAAUGCUAACUUUUCUUACACCCUGGCAGAGGACAGGAGUCUGGUCUAGGAUGGGGAACUGAAUUUUUGCACGAAAAGGAAACAGAAAGGAUAAAGAAACAAAACGCACAAUCAUGUUUCUUAGUCAUUUUGAUUGGCCGUUUGAACAGUCUACAAGUUUAACGUUAUUUCUAGUGAAGUAAGAUGCCUGCCCUAGCAUACAUGUUUCUUCAAAAGGGUAAAUGUGCUUUAGUGAUCUAAAGCUAAAUUUUGUUCAUUUGACAUCAGGGAUGUUAUAAGUACUGCACUUAAUACAAAGCUAUUUCUCAGUUGUGUUAUUUUUGAGCCAAAUUUUUUUUUGUUUUGUAAAAAUUGAGAGAUGGCAAUGCUUAUGUCAACCAGAUUAUCCAUCUGCAGAAUUAAGGUAUGCAACUGGUAAAUAAAAGACAAAUGCUCCAGUUUGUCUUUCUCAGCCUUUGAGUUCUUAACCUUUGAGUUAAAACCUAGCCUAAAUAGUGGGAAUGUCUUGGUUUUCAGUGAGGUUUUCUUGGGAAGGAUCUUGGUUUUGUGAUCUAUUUGUGAAUUAAGAAGUAGAUGUUAACCAUUAUUUUAUAGAUAAGUGAUUUGUACAUGGUUAGUUAUAAAUAAAACUGGUACUAGAA